UCAGUCGGCCGCUGAACUCGCGCGCCGUACGGUUGGUACGUCUGCGUUUAUCGCGCUUAAUCGUUCGUUUGUCCGUCCGUUUGUUCGUUCGUUCGUUCGUUCGUUUCGCGUAUCGUCCGCCGUUGAGCCGCGUCUUUCUUCAUCGUUUUGCCGUGCUUUUCUCCGACUAGCAUCGUAUCCUGCCGCGAUCGGAUCGAGACGUUUAGUGAGACACUCGCACGUCUGUUCUUCCACCAGAGACCGUUCAUCCGUCUGAAGGUGUUUCAUCUGAGAGGAAAGCAACGACGACAGCUCUAAGGCCCACGGAAACUGCGAGACUGCUACCCUUGGAUUUUUGGCAGGCUCUUCCCCUGCGACAGUUCAUCCACGCACGCGGCCGCGACGUCGACGCGAAUUUUUUCUGCAUGAUCUUGUACGGCCUGUAGGCGUCGCGUACGGUAACAAGAGAGCGGUGGCAGACGAGGAUGUAGCCUGUGACAGAGUGAUUUUUCGAUUGAGAGCGAGCGAGAAUCACACGAGUUUUGAAGACGACGAUGCGCGCGGUACAGGGAAGAGGAAUCGACCGAGGGAAGAGCAGGUCAACUUGAGAAGAAAAAGAGAAGUAAAGAGAGAAAGAGAGAGAGAAAGAGAGAGAGAAAGAGAAAGAAAGAGAAAGAAAGAGAAAAAUAUUCUCUCCACUUCCUCGCGGGGAAACAAGCCGGAUGUUAUCGCGAGACGUUGAGACUGAUAAAAAACACUGCCAGGAGUAAUGACGAGCUAGAUCGUUGCUUCGUUCUCCGCUCAACCGUUCCUUCGUCCAUCUUAGCCCUCGCUAACUGCCUCUCCACCUGCCCCCCUCGUGUCAGCCCUGUCUUCGUUACGUAUACACACGUACAUUAAUAUAUAUAUACAUAUACACAUUUGUUUCUCAUUCGAGAUCAAAGACUGAAAAUAAAAGGUGGCGACAUGUUGGGCGUGAGUCAGCCGGGCAACACGCCCUCGAGCUUACGGCACUCGGCGAGUUUCUCGUGCUUGCAACGCGGCACCGCCGGCGAGGGUCAUCGUGCGAGGACUUCGACGCUGCUACAACAGCCGAGUCUGCAGCUGAGCAACAGUCAUCAUCAGUAUACGUCCAGCGGCCAGGCGGUGACAGCGGCGGCGGCGGCGGCCGCGCAUUGCUCCCUGCUGCAGCAUCAUCAUCAGCAGCAGCAGCAGCAGCAACAGUCCCGCGAGCCACUUGAUUCCGUCCUACAGGACGGCAACGAUUAUGGCUUCGUGAGGAUCCGGCCGCGGUUGCGCAGCACGAAUGCGACAUUGUAUCACGAAGAGGAGGUGGCGGCCGCGAAGAACGCCCUGCGGGAGCAACGAGACGCCGCAGCGUUCAGCGACCGGGAGUGCGACUCCAAUUUCAGGGACUGCUCGCUGAAAGUCAAGGAUCGUGACCUCUCGCCGAAGGGCGCGGCGAAGAAUCAGAACCCCCUGCGGGGCGCGUUGAUCCUCUUCACUUCAACGUCAUCCUGGUGGAAGGCCCGUCAGCGAGAGGAGCAGCUGAACGCCACCGGCGGUACGACGGCCAUCAGCGCGCCGUCAUCAGAACGGAAGUGGUCGAGUACGGCGAUGGCGUCCCCGUCGAACGAGAGAAAGUGGUCGUCCUCGAUGACGUCGCCCACGAAUGAACGGAAAUGGUCCGUGGGUAACAGUCUGCUGACAUCACCGUCAAACGAGAGGAAGUGGAACAGGUCCUCGGUUUCGUCCACGUCCACGAACCAACAGGAUCGGAAGUGGCGGUCUCUCGGCGCACUUUUAAGGACUCCCGGCACCGGCAAUAGCUCCCACACCAGCCAGAACUCCCUGUCGCACAACAUGAGCGUAUCCAUGAUCGAAGGCGAUCAUUUCCGCGAGGAAUCGCGCGGUUCGAGUUGUAAGGCACGCUAUCAGCAGCCGACGUCGUACUCGGCGCGAGUCUCCCGAAUCAGUAGAGAUGUCUAUCGAGAAAACGGAGAAUUCGGCCAGGUUUCCGGCCGAUCGAAGGUCAGCCGCAGAUUAUAUCAAGACAUCGAACCGGCAGCUGAUCGAGAUCUCGACGAGCGACAUGUCGCGCCACGCGGUCGACAUCAUCUGGACGACUCCGAACUGUGCAGAAGCAAUCGAGACUUCUGCAGAGCCGCGGAACAGAGCGCCGUGGAGACCCGUGGCGCGACCUCCACUGCCAGAUCGAGCCGUGCGCAGAGCUUUUACCUGCUGGACGACUUCCUGCGGCCGCAGCCACAGCAGCCGAGCAACAAGUGCAUGCUGAAUCUGUACAUGUCGCCGUCGCACGCCGUCAAGUGCGGCAACGAACACGGCCGGUCAUGCGAGGUCAGACAGGCGACCUGUCAGCAGGCAAAUGUCAGCAGCAACAUCACGCCGCCGCGACGCCACAACUCAAGCUCGGACAGCCUCGAAGUGGCCACGAGUCCGCUGCCGCCGCCGGUGCCGCCGCCACCGCCGCAGACCACCGGUAAUGCGCGGGACCGCGAGCGGAAUGAGAACCCGAAGGAGACCAGCAAGGACGUGUGUCCGUGCAAACUGUGCUGGACCAAUAUGCAGAGAUCCCUCGUGGAAGAGGUGAGUAGGCGAUCCAAAGAACAUGCGACACAAGAGAAGGGAAGGAGUCCUGGAACGUUGCACAAAGAUGUUGGCGGCGCUGGUACGAAGGUCAGCGAGAAAACGGUCGGUGGCGUCGGCACGGCGACCCUCACCACGCUCUCCUCCAUUAAUAACGCGUCCAACACCGGCCGCAACAAAAACAACCCCGUAUCUCACGAGAAAUUGCCGUCUUUCUUCAACACCAAGCCGACGCGGGUGGAUAAAUCGGACAACAACAAUGCCAACAAUUCCAACAACACCAGCAACAACAUUCACAAUAUGCCGCUGCACGAACCCAUCAGCGCUACUUCUCCCGAAGUAUACGCUGGGAGAUUGCCAAUGACACCCCAGGAAGCGGUGAAGUAUUACGGCACCAGGCUGACGGAGUUCGAGCGCGCCGAGAUCGAGAAAUACUCGGAGAUCUGGUAUCUGGGUCUGUCGGCCCACAAGAUUCACGGCGAGGAAGUCUCCUCCCAGAACGGCGGUUACGACGACGAGAACGGCAGUUACAACAAGGUCCUGCACGAUCACAUCUCUUACAGAUACGAGAUACUGGAGGUGAUCGGCAAAGGGAGCUUCGGUCAGGUGAUUCGAGCGCUGGAUCACAAAACGGGACAGCACAUCGCCAUCAAGAUCAUCAGGAACAAAAAGAGAUUCCAUCAUCAGGCGCUGAUCGAAGUGAGAAUCUUGGAGCAUCUCAGGAAGAAAGACUUGGAGGCGAACUCGCAGCACAAUGUGAUACACAUGCUAGAAUAUUUUUACUUCAGGAAUCACCUGUGUAUCAGCUUUGAACUAAUGAGCUUGAACCUGUAUGAGCUAAUCAAAAAGAACAAUUAUCAAGGAUUCAGUCUGAGCUUAAUCCGUCGUUUCGCCAACUCGCUAAUUAGCUGCCUGAGAUUGUUAUACCGAGAGAAUAUCAUUCACUGCGACUUGAAGCCGGAAAACGUGUUGCUGAAGCAACGGGGAAGCAGCUCGAUUAAAGUCAUCGACUUCGGAUCGUCGUGUUACAGUCAUCAGCGCGUCUACACGUACAUACAGUCGAGGUUUUACAGGAGUCCGGAAGUAAUUCUCGGUCUUCCUUACGGCACGCCGAUCGAUAUGUGGAGUCUGGGCUGCAUCCUAGCCGAGCUGUACACGGGAUACCCGCUAUUUCCCGGCGAGGACGAGAUAGAACAGCUCGCCUGCAUUAUGGAAGUCCUCGGCCUGCCGCCGGAUCACAUUAUCAGUCAUGCAACUCGUCGCAGACUUUUCUUCGAUCAAAAAGGAAGUCCGCGAUGCGUGACGAAUAGCAAGGGCAAAAAGAGGUGGGCAGGUAGCAAGAACCUUUCGAUGGCUCUUCGGUGCUCUGACGCGCUCUUCGUCAACUUCGUUAGCAAAUGCCUCGAGUGGGAUCCAAAGAAGCGUAUGACCCCCGACGAGGCGAUGCGCCACGAGUGGCUAACAUCGUCGUCCUCGUCACACGUGAGCUCCUCUUCGUCGGCGAUAGCGUCGUCGACGGUGAACGCGAGCGCGAACACAACGACGACGAGCGUCGAGACGUCGCGGGAGUCUGCACAUGCGCCGCAGACGGUGAGCGUGACCGUCAGCGCGCCGCGGCAACGUGCGACGACGAUGGAGGAUCCGCCGUACACGAUGUACCGAUUAUACAAAGGUCGCAAGUACGUGCAGAAGGUCUCCGCGGGCGCCGACAGCACCGACGGCGGCGGCGGCGGCGGUCUGAUGGUGAAGAGCAAACUAAACGGCAGCGCGAGCAGUCACGCCCUGGCGAGUAGUACGCAGACGGCAACGUCGAGGCACGCGUCGACCGGCGACAUCGUCGCGAGUCUCGACCCGAAUCUCGACGACUCAGGCACGUUCUUGCCGCCGAUAUUGUGAAGUCGGGUUUGCGCCAGCCAUUUCUAAACGUGCCACUCUUCGCGCAUUGACGCGCGGAUUAAUAGACUCGCUCAAGAGUGCCGUUGCAAGAAGUGAAUAGAUAUCAUUAUCGUACGAUGUAAGUCGGAGGAGCGAGUGCAAUUGAAUAGAACGGCGCGUAUAGAACUGACUGGUCGGCCCGACAAUGUCGUUUCCCCGAUGCCAAAACGGCUAGACACGCAGAAUCGCUAGUCUCGGCAUGCAUCGAGUUAUGAGGCCAAAUUGAUGAUCUAACGACGGGAGGAGAGAGAGAGAGAGAGAGCGCGCGCGCGCGCGGGCAUGCCGGAUAACGAGCGAUCGCGCGAGAUUUUCGCGCGCUCUCGAGGGGAUGUCACUCAGGUAAUCAAUGGAUUCGUGUGCGCGCAUUAUCGUAGUUGCUUGCGAACAAUGUAGACCUGCUGCCCACGACGAGGAUAACUAGCAAUUGUAAGUGUAUGCCGUAUCACUUUUCGAUUACGGACCAUCGUAUUUAUACGGUUCGAGCGUUUAAUCUCGCGCGAAGUGCGCAACGUUAACAGUCACGGAAUCUCGGCCAUAGAUGUAAAAGAAUUAUAAUCGAAAGUUUGUAAACGUCAUAUAUAGGUCGCGGCGAGCGACGUUUCGUCACCCGGCCUGCGGUGAUGAAGAAAAUGAUCGCGCUAGUGAACGCGGUCGAAACGUAUACUGUUAGGAGCGCAUAAUAGCAUUAUACUUUCGACACUUACGCGAGUACGCAAGCGACGCGAUUACAGAGCACGACAUCACCGGUCGUCGCAAUGUGAUGCGCGUGAAAAAGCGAAGAACGAGGCGACACAUACUAGAAGAAAAAAAAAAGAAAAAAAAAGAAACAACGAUUCGCUCGACAACUGCGUCGGGAUCACCAUCGAAUUACGGUCGCGCCUGAGUCGUCCGAGACCUGUGGUCGCCAACACAGGGUCGCGAUUAAUAACGAAGCGUCAAGGCGAGGAGUAACAUUAAUACGUGAAGCGUGCCCCAGUUUAAACGAGGCCUGAGUAGUCUUAUUGUGAUAUUAAACUACCACUGUCUUACUUAGAUCUCUCUGAUAUUAAGAAGUAACGAUCGCUAAUAAUAAUUUCAAUUUACUAUUAAUCAUUAUUUUCUUAUAUGUAACACGCUAUAUCGCCACUACUAUCCGCGAGGAUAUAGCAUUACGAGUAACGAAAUUAAUCGUCGAUAAUUAACAUUACUUAUACAUAUAUAUACACACAUAUAUAUGUAGGCAUGUACAGAUUUUAAUUACGUGUCUUCGAAAUCCGGGAGCAUGCUAUAAUUCGCUUGCUACGAAUACGUGAAAGAAAGGAAGCCCGACGAUAUUUCCAUGAUUUAUCUCCUAUUACUGUUACGUCGCUUCUUCUGUUGUCAUUAAUCGUCCGAGUGACGUAACACACAAUACUUUAUUGCGCCGGAAUUAAUUAUCGAUUAAACGCACCGUGAGACUCUCCGCCGCCGCUUCGCUUUACUACUCAUUUACAUAUUUACUCAUAGCUUCCUGGUGUUAAUUAGCAAUUUGUGAUUUGACGCGCCCUUCCCCCCCCCCCCUUCGGUAUUAUCACGAGCGUUUCGCGAUAUGCAGAGGAUUUGACGAAAAAAAAAAAAAAUUAUAUUGUAUAGUAUAUUGUAUAACGUUAGGCUACUUUUAGACAUGGUAAUUGUUCGAUGUGCCCGUACCCAUUCUAAAGUUUCGCGAAGUCAACGCAGGACGGACUCGAGCUCGUAAUAAUUAUAUCAUUAUGACAUUAGGAACGUGAGAUGCGUCACUCCACACUGUUUUGCCGCUUUCGAGCUUCCAUCUCGAACUGGAAUCUUCCGUUGUUUCGCAUGCUUCUCGAUUAAUUAAUUAAAGUCCUAUCAUAUGUAUAUGGUAUCAUUAAAUGUCCUAAAUUAUUGUCAAUGUUUCAUUAUCACGGCCGAAAAUGAUUGGAACAAAUGCAUAAGCAUCGAUGCUUGUAAAUUACGAUCGCGUACAAGAGACUGAAAUGAAUCGUUAUUUUAUAUUACUAAUAAAUAUAUAGCAAAAUUUGUUCCUAAUAGUUCGUUUUGCAAAUCGCUUUAUAUUUAUUUCACUUUAGCGGAUUCGUUCAGUUCCUUCACGAAACAUAUUGUUCGAGUCGCGGUAUAAGUUUUCGAACGUCUCACGAUAAUAAUCGAAACGAAUAAUAAAGCGGAUUUGUGACAAGCGAGUCCAUUUAGGCCCAAGACCUUUUUAGGACAACUAAUAAUAUCGUACCAAUCGUAGUAGUAUCGCGCGACAUUAUCGGUGAAUGGCCAAUAAAACGAGCGGAGAUAUUAUAUUAAGAAUUACAUAUAAUUAUGAUUCGUACAGCGGAUCUGUGCCCGAAACGAACGACUGACGAAGUAGCGCAUAUUAUAUAUGACAUAUUACACGAUUCUCACGAUCUAUGCGGGUUCGUAAUAGUCGCUCUUGAGUAAAUCACGUCGAAUGUAACGACGACCACGAAAUCUCGGGUAAGCACUUCGUUCGAUUGCUCCAGGCAAAAAAAAAAAGGUUUUACGAGCGUAGUGUCUACGAAGCGACGAUUUCUAGGGAACGAAAUAUAUCAAAUUGUGUAUAAAGUAAAAGAUGUGAUGACUGUGUGUGCAUGCGUGCGUGCGUGCGUGCGUGCGUACGUGCGUGCGUGCAACGGAGACUCGUCUCCACCGGGGAAAUAGGAGCAAAUGCUGGAAAGAGUGUGAUAUACGAUUAUACAUGUAUCUAUUAUUAUAAAUAUAUACCAUUAUAUACACACAUUGAAGCAAAAUUGCAUUGCAAAAGAAAAAAAAAAGACGGAAAGCGAGUUAAGUCUAGGAGAUACGUAGACGGUAAUUAGACGAAGAACAUUCGAAGAACAAGCGUGACUCCGCCGUACGCGGAGUCCCGUGAGACGCGCGCCGUUCAAUUGUACAGUCUUAAGUUUUUAGUUGUGUUCACUAUUGUAUACAGCGGGAUCAAAUUAUAAUAUGUAUAUAGAAGAGACGUUGUGUAAUCUGCGUAACAAGUAUCACCACCACAUAUAUACCAUUACACAGAGACUCACGCGUGCACACUCGGCACGCACUGUGUCGCGUGUACGCUUAAAAAAAAGAAACAUAAGAGAAGCAUGUUCGUAUAGCGGGGAAAAAAAAAAACGUGCUAAUGGCCAGUUUCGCCAGUGUCAGUUGACCCGACCGAAUCUCAGAAGAGAUUCGCUCACAGGCUGUAAUCAGCACCGCAGUUAGCCGGCUCUGGCGCGACCGGAAAGCGAAAAAAAAAAAAAAAA